AGAUUGGAUUUUUCAUCAGCAAAAACAGCUGGAAACUACUGAACUUGAAUAUCAGCUUUUCUCCCAGCACUUCUGCCUUCUUUCAUUAGCACAAUAGCAUCCUCUAGUCAAAUAAGUUUGUUGUUUAAAAAAGGCAAGUAAUUCCUUUUUCACAUUGUCCUAGCAGUCAGUAGUUCUUUUGCCUUUUUCUUUCUCUUUUUUUUUUUUUUUGAGUGGAGAAAGCAGACAUUAUUUACAGUGACAAAUCGUUUUUGGACGUGUGUGGUUUUGUAAUGGGCAGUAGUAGCUCCAGACAAAUCACUCUUAGCAGAGAGCAGCAAAAGGCUAACAGCUUGAGUACAGGUCUAGGAGACUGCAAGCCAAUUUAUGAACUGUCAGGUUUCUCUGCUGAAAUCAGGGGACCUACAAGCAGGACUUAAUGAGUUUGCAGCAGUAACAAUACUACUGAGGCUGUUUUCUAGGUUUGUGACUCUGUGCACUGACAAAGAUGCAAAACCUGCUGCAGAAUAAAUUUGGUGUUAAAUCUCCAAUAAUCUUUGCAGUGAUACCUUGUAAUGAACAUGUCUUGUAAAAUUUAAAUGGUGGUAUCAGUGGCUCAGCAUGGACCAUUAUGCUAUGAAAAGAAAAUGUGAAUGCACCUUGGUAUAUGUUUCAGUCUUUCACCUCCCUUUUAAAUGCUCUUAACAGCAGAAAUUACAGCUCUCCAAUACGUGGGAGGCCACUGAAUAACCGUGUUACACAGGAGAAGACUUCUUUUUUUUUGUUUCAGACUGUUAAUGCCCUGUAGGAGGAUGGUCCUGGCUUUGCAAAACAAGUGGAGAAAAUUUUCCGCCAUUCUACAUAUGAGCGAGAGUGAGAAAUACAAAGCAAGGAAAGGAUGAAACAGAACCGAGAACACUUUUUAGGGAAAAAAAAACAAAGCUGUGAAGACAGAAGAAUAAAGCAAAUAUUAUAUUCCUUGAUCUUGUUUUAUAAAGGAAGGGAAACUCUUCUUCUGGUGAAACUAAUGGUAAAGUUCUCUGCCAAGCAUGUUAAGGACUGCUGAAUGCAUGCCAUAUAUGAAGGUACACAUGUCACUGUGUCUACUUAGAAUUACAAAAUGCUGCCAACCUGAAACCCCAGCUAUAUUUGGCUUUAUCUUGUGAGCUCUGCCAGAAAUGUGCUGUUUUCCAAUAAUAACAUACAGCUUUUCAUAUCUUAUAGCUGAUACUGAAAAAUACUAAAAACAGAAAUACCUGUAAUCACAAUGAAAUCAGUGCAUUAUGAAUGACACUCUAUGAAAUAUGGUGUUACUUUGAGAAAUGGGUAUUUCAAAGAUGCCUUAGUUUUGUUAUGUUUAGGAUUUUUGCUAUAAAGUCAACAUUUGCUGAUUUGUUUUGUUGUUUCAAGAAAUAUUUUCUUGGCUCUGACUAAACUUUGUCAGGCAUAUUCUUUAAGGGAAAAUAUUAGGCAAUUAUAUUGGAGAAAAAUAGAGUGGGAGACUGGCUUAAGGACAAGUGUUCUGAGCUCAGGCUGGAAAAGGAGAGCCACAGAAAUGUCACCUAUUUUAAUUACUUGUAUUUUGUGCACUUCACUUAUCCCAGGUUUUAA